GGCGGGGCCCGGUUGUGAUGGCGCGGGAGGGUGCCCUGGAGGAUCCAGCUGUGCCCCCAGAUGUUGAGAGCCCCCAAAGACGCCUUGCCUGCCCCCGAAAUGCCCCAGCUGUGGUCGGGGAGGGACCAGAUCCAGAUGUUGGGGACCUGAAAAUGCCCAGAGUGGCCCAGGACACCUCAGAGGCUCCAGAUGUGGCAGCAGAACCCCCAAAUCCAGAUGUGCUGUGGGCCAAAAAUGGGCACCGGACACUGCAGGUGGACAGCGACACAGAUAUGGAGGAGGAGGAGGAGGGGCUGAAUCCAGAUGUUGGGCCCCAAAAAUGGCUUAAAAUGACCCAAAAUGUGCCCGAAACUCCAGAUGUGGGGCUAAAAACCCCAAAUCCAGAUGUUCCGUGGCUUAAAAAUGGGCGUGGCACACUGCUGGUGGAGAGCGACACAGAUGUGGAGGAGGAGGAGGCCAGUCCAGAAUUGCAGUCCCCAAAACGACUGAAAAUUACCCAAAGCAUCCCAGAAACUCCAGAUGUUGCAGGAAAGGCCCCAAAUCCAGAUGUUUCAGGCCCAAAAAUGCGACACAGAGUGCAGCUGGUGGACAGCGACACAGAUGCGGACGAGGAUCCAGGUGUGCAGCCCCAGAAAAGGCUUAAAGUGACCCAAAACAUGCCUGGAAUUCCAGAUGUGGAAGUGGAAACCCCAGGUCCAGCUGUGAGGGUGCCCAAAAGUGGACACUGGACAAUGCUGGUGGACAGCGACACCGAUGUGGAGGGGGAGGAGGAGAAUCCAGAUGUGCAACUGCCAAAACAACUCAGAAUGACCCAAAACACGUCCGAAACUCCAGAUGUGGCAGCAAAGCCCCGGAAUCCAGAUGUUUCGGGCCCAAAACUCCAUUCUCGGAUGCUGCUGGUGGACAGUGAUACAGAAUUGGAAGAUGAAGUAAAUCCAGAUGUGCAGCCCUCAAAAAGGCUCAAAGCGACUGAAAAUGUGCCCGGAAUUCCAGAUGUGGAGGUGGCGACCCCAAACCCAGCUGUGGAAAGGCCCAAAAUCUGGCAUCAUACGCUGGUGGAGGACAGCGACACAGAUGCGGAGGAGGAUCCAGAUGUGCAGCCCCCCAAAACUCUCAAAAGUACUCAGAAUUUGCCCGAAACUCCAGAUGUGCGGUGGGGGACACCAAAUCCAGAUGUUUCAGGCCCCACACUCAGGAGUCAGAUGCUGCUGGUGGACAGCGACACAGAUGUGGAGGAGGAUCCAGAUGUGCGGCCCCUGAAGCGGCUCAGAGCAACCCAAAGCGUCCCUGAAACUCCAGCUGCGGCUGCAAAGCCCCCAAAUCCAGAUGUUUCAGGCCCUGAGAUCAGGGGCCAGACAUUCCUGGUGGACAGUGACACGGAUGUGGAGGAGGAGGAAGAGGUGAGUCCAGAUGCUGGAGCCCUAAAAAAGCUUGAAAUGACCCAAAAUGUGCCUGAAAGUCCAGAUGUGGUGCCACAGACCCCAAAUCCUGAUGUGGGAAUGACCAAAAACGGGUGUCAGGCACUGCUGGUGGACAGUGAUACAGAUGUGGAGGAGGAGGCGAUGGAUCCAGGUGUUCGUCCUUCAGAAAGAUGGAAAAUUCCUCAAAACGUGCCCCAAACUCCAGAUGUGGCCACACAGCCCCCAAAUCCAGCUGUGAAGGGGUCAGAGAGGGGUCAUGGGGCGCUGCUGGAUGACAGCGACACAGAUGUGGAGGAGGAGGAGGAAAGUCCAGAUGUUGGAUCCCUAAAAAGACCGAAACCAAACCUAAAAGUUCCUGAAACUCCAGAUGUGAGGCUGAAAAUGCCCAAUCCAGAUGUUUCAGACACAAAAAUUGGGUGUGGGACGCUGCUGGUGGACAGUGAGUCAGAUGUGGAGGAGGAUGAGACGAGUCCAGAUGUUCGGCCCUUAAAAAGACGGAAAAUGACCCAAAGUGUGCCCGAAACUCCAGAUGUGCCCACACCAACCCCAAAUCCAGCUGUUGGAGGCACUGAAUCCAGAUGUGGAGCCUUGGUGGUGCAGAGCAACCCAGAUAUGGAAGAGGACGAGGCUGAUCCAGAUGUUCGGCCCUCAAAAAGACAGAAAAUUACCCAAAAUGUGCCGAAAACUCCAGAUGUUGGGCUGAAACCCCCAAAUCCAGAUGUUGGGAGGCUCCAAAGGACCCAGAAUGUGGCCGAAAUCCCAGAUGUGGAGGGAGAGGAGGAAGGGUGGGAUCCAGAUGUGGCCACCCAGCUGUUCCUGCCCCCAAAUCCAGAUGUGGGGGAGGCCAAGGUGGAUCCAGAUGUUGUGAGCCCAGAACGAAUCACAAUGACCCAGAAGCCACCAGAAUUUCCAGAUGUGGAGGAGGAAGAGGAGUCAGAUCCAGAUGUGGCCACCCAGCUGUUCCUGCCCUCUCCAGAUGUUGGGAGCCCAGAAAGCACCAAAACAGCCCCAAAGGACUUCAGAAUUCCAGAUGUGGAGGAGAAAGGGGAGUCAGAUCCAGAUGUGGCCACACAGCUGUUCCUGUCUUCUCCAGAUGUUGGGAGCCCAGAAGGCCCCAAAACUACUCCAAAGGACCCCAAAAUUCCAGAGGCAGAGGGGCUGCCCUCCCUGGAUCCAGAUGUGGCCACGCAGCUGUUCCUGCCCCCACAUCCAGGUGUGGAGGAUGGCCUAAAUCCAGAUGUUCUGGGUCCAAAACAACCCAAAAUGGCCUCAAAUGACCCCAAAAUUCCCGUUGUGAGGGUGGAGACCCUAGAUCCAGAUGUGGAGGAGGAGGAGGACUUGGAUGUGGCCACCCAGCUGUUCCUGCCCCCUGAUCCAGAUGUGGAGGGGGAAGGACCCUCAGAUCCAGGUGCUGGGUCCCCAAAACCACCCCAAAGUCCCUUAAACCCACCCAAAAUUCCAGAUGUGGACAUGGAGAGCCCAAAUCCAGAUGUGGAGGGGUCGCUGAGGGGCCAUAGGACGUUGCUGGGGGACGCUGAUCCAGAUGUGGAGGAGGCUGGCCCAAAUGCAGAUGUGGCAGCCUCAAAAAUACCCCAAACGGCCCCGAAAGUCCCUGAAAUUCCAGAUGUGGAGGUGGACACCCCAAAUCCAGAUGUGGAGGGGCCGGGGAGCCCUGGCCUGGAUCCAGAUGUGGCCACCCAGCUGUUCCUGCCCCCUGACCCAGAUGUGGAACGCCCGGAAAGCCCCGAAAGGGCCCUGGACGAGCCCCAAGUUCCAGAUGUGGAGGAGGCGGCCCCAAAUCCAGAUGUUGAGGCUCCACCAAGCCCCGCCCAGGAGGAAGCAGAAGCUCCGCCCACCCUGCAGGUGCGGCGCAGUCGGCGAUUGGCUGAGAGUGGAGGGGGCGGGGCCUCUCGUGGCCCCACCCCCACCCAGAACGGGCACGACCAAGGCUCCAAGCCACGCCCCUCACCCAAGCCACGCCCCCAGAGGGGGCGGGACCAAACAGCAGCAGCGCUGGAAGAGGCCACACCCACUGUGUCCAUAAAAGGAAAUGGGCAGGGCUCCGUGGCAGCCCCGCCCCCAGAGGGGGAGGAGCCUGCAGAGGAGGAGGAGCCACCUGCCAAGCGCAGGCUCCGCCCUCGGGCAGCGCCAGGCCCCGCCCAGAUCCGGGUGCUGUUCACGGGCCUGGUGGCCUCCCCGGCGCUGCAGGUGGCCCUGGGGACACUGGGUGGCACCGAGGCCACAUCGGUGCACGACUGCAGCCACCUGGUGACCGAUGGCAUCCGCCGGACACUGAAGUUCCUGUGUGCCCUGGGCAGGGGCGUCCCCAUCGUCACCCCCCAGUGGCUGCUAGAGAGUUCCCACAGUGGCCGCCCGCUGUCCCCAGGUCCCUUCCUGCCCCGGGACCCCUCCUGUGAGCGGCGCUUCGGCUUCCGCCUGCGCCCCGCGCUGGCCCGGGCCCGGGAGCGGCCCCUGCUGCAGGGGUACCAGGUGCACGUCACCCCCAGUGUCCAGCCGUGCCCCGAGGACAUGCGCGACAUUGUCACCUGCUGUGGUGGCACCUUCCUGCCACAGCUGCCCCAGGAACAUGCGCCCCGUGUGCUGGUGAUCUCGUGUCCCCAGGACCGGCAGCUCUGGCCCCCGGCCGUGGCCGCGCGGCUCCCGCUGCUCUCGGCCGAGCUGCUGCUCUCGGGGGUGCUGCGGCAGCGCCUGGAGCUGGCCCCGUUCCUGCUGAGCCCCUGGCAGCCCCCCGAGACCCCCCAGAACACCCCCGAGUCCCCCCAAAACACCCCAAAUCCCGCCCAAAACCAAAAAAAUCCCGCCCAAAAUACCCCAAAUCCUGCCCAAAACCAAUGCGCCCUCCCAUUGGUCGGAGGGGGAGGCUGGACCCGGGAGCCUCCGCCCCUGAUUGGUUGA